UGCUUGUCGUUGCUGAUUGUUGACUGUUAGCGUUGUCAGUGAAUUUGUGUUCUACCGUCGUGCCUUUCGACCCUACCGUUUCGUCGCAUUCUCAAUUCCCGGAUUUCUUCACGUCAACCAUUGAUCAUGAGAAACUUCAAAUGCCCGAAGAAAUUUAACGGUGAAUCAUUGUCUGACGAUGAAUUGGGAAUUCAUCGUAAUGACGAAGAAAAUGAAGAAGAAGGUGACGAAGAACCCGACGAAGAACCCGACGAAGAACUCGACGAAGAACCCGACGAAGAAUCCGACGAAGGAUCCGACGAAGGAUCCGAAGAAGGAUCCAAUAAUGAUGACUCAGAGUAUAAUGAAGAUCACCUUCCAGAUUUCGAUGAACAGGAAAUGUUUUACGGAACUUAUACGAGAUAUGAGGGGGGAUCAUCCCGCUACAUUCCUCCAUUGUAUCCACGUUAUGACAGUAUGCAAUCUGGAUCAUACUUCACUCCACCGGAAAUCAGUACUGUCCGCUCCCAAACGAGGAGGAACGUGGCUAGAAGGCAAAAUACAGGACGUUCGGGCGUGAAUUCUAAUAACCGUGGACGUUCAAGGCAACCCCUAAGUGCACAGGGAAACGUACCAAACACACCUUUUACGCAAGGCAUUACGUUCAACGGUUUUAACCGGAACUAUGAACCCGUAGCGGUUGUCGGCCAUUGUUUUGAUAGUUUGGAUAACAUUAUGUACAAAGUGAAUUGGAGACAAGACCCCCAACUCUGGAGGCCAAUCGAGUCGAGUUUGAUGCGUACGUACAAGCCCACUAUGGUCAUCGAUUAUUACGAGGCUGAGGCUAAGAAAAAUAAAAAUCAGCUGAACUACUACCCCGUCAUAAGCCAAAACCAAGACCAAUAGCGUGAGACACGAGCAAGAAAAUAAGAGUGCCAAUGAUUUUUUUCCUUUUUGAUUUAUUACAGUAUAUUAUUAUGCUAUUCAUUUAUAAAACAUAUGUAAUCAUUUUUUUUUUAUGAUAAUUUUCAUAAUGUAUCAAUACAUAUACUAUUAUACAUGAUUUUUUUUAUAAUAUUUUAUGACUUACACAACUUGACUUGAUACAAAUAAUGAUAUAAAUUAAUAUACAUAAAGUGUUUCCUAAUUUA